CGUUUUCGGAACAGCUGAACAACAAAUGAAGUGGUUUUAAGUUCGCAUUACAUGUGCCUACAUUUUAUUACGUAUAAUACAAGUAUUACACUUGCUUAGAAAUUAGGUUUAAUACUUCCAAUAUUGAAAGAAUUCGACGAAAUAAGGUGUCCAGCUUCAUCAUCAUCAUCAUGGAGCAACAAAAUUCAAAAUCUAAUGAGGAGAUCAAACUAGAAGAACCCGUCGAAUGCAAUACCUCUCUACAGUUAAAGGUAGAAGAAAUCGAAAUUAUAGAUACAUUGCCUGAAGUAGAGUCCGGACAGCCGCCAUCAGAUACCGUUAACCACCGAUGUGAACUUUGUGGCCAAAAUUUCCCAUCCAUUGACCUGCUCAACCAGCAUCAAUUUAAUCAUCCCUACAUAUGUGAUUUGUGUGGAAAAGCUUAUCGUGAUCGAAGUCUUAUCAGCCAUCAUAUGAUACGUCACAGGCAAAAAUCUCACAAAUGUGAUGUUUGUGAGAAGGCAUUUUCUCUGGCCGGUUUGCUCACUACCCAUAAGAAAAUUCACCUUCCUAAACCAUACCGUAGCUGCCCAGAUCGUUACGAAUGUGAUUUGUGUGGAAAAAAAUAUCGUGAGCUCAAUCAGAUGAGACUUCAUAUGAAAGUACACGAGAAUAAACCUCACAAAUGUGACGUUUGUGAGAAGGCAUUUUCCAUAGUCGGUCAGCUCACUAGACAUAAGAAAAUCCACUUAGACCCUUACAUAUGUGAUUUGUGUGGGAAAAAAUGUCUCGAACUCAAAUAUAUGAUAUUUCAUAUGAAAAUUCACAAGGAAAAACCUUACAAAUGUGAUGUGUGUGAGAAGGCAUUUUGCACAGAUAGCGAUCUCAAUGAACAUAAAAAGCUUCACUCGAACGAUAAACCAUACAUAUGUAAAUUAUGUGGAGAGGCAUUUCAUAUGCGCACUCAGCUACGAAGUCAUACGUCUGCUCACUUGAGUGAGAAACAUUUCACUUGUAAUGUGUGUGGGAAAGUAUUCGCUAUGUCCUGGAGCUUCGCGACCGAUAACGGAAUAGACAUACACACUAACGAACUUACUGCGUGUAGCAAACAUGAAUCUCUUCGCCUAAUUAGUAUAGCAUGUGAUAUAUGUGGAAGAGAAUGCCGUACGCUCGGAGAGCUGAAAACACAUAAGAAAGUUCACAAUGUAAAAUCUCAUAAAUGUGACGUGUGUGGGAAACUAUUUGGUUCUAUUCACCAACUCAAAGCACAUAAGAAUAUUCACUCGAACGAAAAAUCAUAUGUGUGUGAGACAUGUGGAAAAGCAUUUCGCACGCAGUUCAAUCUGAAUGUUCACAAGCGUACUCACUCUAGUGAGAAAUCAUUAGAGUGUGAAGUGUAUGGAAAAGAAUUUAUUGGAAGGAACCUUCUUCAAACCCAUAUGUAUUUUCACACAAACGAAACUCCACACAAAUGUGAAAUAUGCGGAAAAGCAUUUCGCCAACUGUAUGUACUCAAAAAGCAUAUGUAUGUUCACACAAAAGCAAAACCGUAUGACUGUUGCAUUUGUGGAAAAGCAUAUCGUGAAAGGCACAACCUCAAAACCCACAUGUAUCUUCACACGAACGAAAAACCACACAAAUGUGAAGUAUGCGGAAAAGAAUUUCACCUACCUAGUGUGCUCAGAAAACAUAUGUAUGUGCACACAAAAGAGAAACCGUAUAAAUGCGAUCUGUGUGGACAAGCAUAUCGUAGAAGGCACACCCUCAAAUGCCACAUGAAUCUUCACGUGAACGGAAAACCAUACAAAUGUGACGUAUGUGAAAAGCAAUUUCGUCAUAAGAAGAGCCUCCCAGUCCAUAUGUUGCUUCACACAAACGAAAAACCAUACAAAUGUGAAAUAUGCGGAAAAGCAUUUCCCUUACAGAGUGCGCUCAAAAAGCAUAUGGAUGUGCACACUAAAGCAAAACCGUAUGAAUGUGACAUUUGUGGAAAAGCAUAUAGUGGAAAAUACUCCCUCAAAACCCACAUGUAUGUUCACACGAACGAAUAUCCUCACAAAUGUGAAGUGUGUGGAAAACAAUUUAGUAAGAGCGGUUACUUCAAAAUCCAUAUGAAUGGGCACACAAACGAAAAACGGUACAAAUGUGAACUGUGUGGACAAAAUUUUGGCGAUGAAACGACUCUCAGGUACCAUGCAAGGGUUCACACAAACCCGCACAAAUGUGAAGUAUGUGGAAAAGAAUUUCACCUACAUAGUGUGCUCAGAAGACAUAUGUAUGUGCACACAGAAGAAAAACCAUAUGAAUGUGAUUUGUGUGGAAAAGCAUAUCGUGGAAAGUACUCUCUCGCAACCCACAUGUAUGUUCACACGAACGAAUAUCCUCACAAAUGUGAUGUGUGUGGAAAAAAAUUUGGUGAGAGCCGUUUGCUCAAAACCCAUAUGACUGUGCACACAAACGAAAAACAGUACAAAUGUGAAGUGUGUGGAAAAGAAUUUUAUUAUCUCAGUUCCCUCAAACGUCACAAUUCACUUCACUCGAAAUAAGCAAUUAUCAAAUGUGACAUGUAGUAAUCUAUUUGUGACAGUGUAAAAGUUAAAGUUCGUGCGUUUUAGAUAUCCAAACAAAUUAAUAAACCAGAAUAAUUACAAGCUAACCACAACCCGUCGUUCCCGCGAAAAAAAUGCAGGCCGGUAGAAAUCCGCCAGGCUUCCUGCAGCAGUCCAUGUUGGAAUAACAUGCCUGGCAACCCCUACCACUACACUCAUAUUGUUUUUCCUAUCCACACCUUUCGAAAUUGAUUAAAAAAAUGUUUUUGUCAUUAUCAUUUAGACGCAAUAAAGUAAAAACGUGUUUCAUGAA